UGUAGUCACUGUAAAGAUAUAAUUAAUUGUUUAAAACAUUAAAAACGCACAGCUUUAUGAAACGUUGUUGAAAGAAGAAUAUUUGCAAAGGUUAUAAAUCAGUUCAAAAUGGCAAGCACAGGAGUGAAAAUGUUUGCAAGAUUUACGUUUUAUCCAACGCUUUUAUAUAAUGUAUUAAUGGAAAAAGUUUCAUCACGAAAUUGGUAUGAUAGAAUCGACGAAGUAGUUAUAUUAGGUGCCCUACCGUUUCGCGGUAUGACAAAACAGUUAAUAACUGAAGAAAAUGUUAAAGCUGUUGUAUCGAUGAAUGAAGAUUAUGAACUACGAGUAUUUUCUAACACUGAAAAGGAAUGGCAGAUACACAAUGUUGAAUUUUUGCAAUUAUCUACAACAGAUAUAUUCCAGUCACCUUCACAAGAAAAGUUACUACUUGGUGUAAAUUUUAUUAACAAGUUUCAUAAUAUACCGAUUAAACUAAAUAAAUCUAAUAUCGAUGACGAAACUUACCCUCAUGGAAGUGUUUAUGUACAUUGUAAAGCAGGAAGAACGCGCAGUGCAACAUUAGUUGGGUGCUAUUUAAUGAUGAAAAAUCAAUGGACUCCAGAGGAAGCAGUAGCAUACAUGAAACAAAAAAGACCUCAUAUACUACUACAUACAGCACAGUGGAAUGCGCUACAGAUUUUCUAUAAAAAUCAUAUAGAGAGUAGUAAAUUAUUUAAAUAAAUACAAGAUUUAUAAAUCUGUUAUUAUUGUUACAAUAGUAUGUACAAAAAACUUAAUUCGUUAUAGACUAGUUCUGAACGACUAUUUUCCUUGUAUAUAUUUAUAACUUACUUUGUAAAAUAGAAUUUCAACUGUUUUUUACAUGUGUAAAUGCAAAAGUUCUAGCUUCUUCAGCUGCUUCGUGUAUUAGAUGUUUCUGUGAAGCUUCUGAAAUAUUUAUGGUUCUCAUACUAGCAACUAAAGACGGAUCAAAACCUUUGGUUGGAACAUAUUUUGCAUUAAAAACAUCAAGAACGAUGUUCAUCCACGUUCGUGCAUUAAACGAAUCAGAUACAAGGUCCUGUAUGAAAUAAAAUAUUUUAAUUAAUUAGUCUA